CGCCGAUCGCGCAGCGCAGGCGCGGUGCCAGCCCCGGCCCGGAAGCGCAGCGGCGGCGGCGAGUGGCACCUUCUUUAAUAUUCAUAAUUAAAAUGGCAAAAACAACUGAUCCUUCUGAGAAACUGAUCAUCUACUCCAAAGCUCAUAAAGAUACCAUUCUAGCUAAUUUUGAGGAACAAAGGAAAAAGGAUUUUCUUUGUGACAUUACUCUUAUAGUGGAGAAUGUGCAAUUCAGAGCCCAUAAAGCUUUGCUGGCUGCCAGCAGUGAGUACUUCUCAAUGAUGUUUGUAAAUGAAGAUGAAAUAGGGCAGUCAAUUUACAUGUUGGAGGGAAUGGUUGCAGACACUUUUGGAGUUCUGCUAGAAUUUAUCUACACUGGUUGCCUCUGUGCCAGUGAGAAUAGCACGGAACAAAUCCUGGCUACUGCACAGCUGCUGAAAGUGACUGACUUGGUAUGGGCCUGUACAGACUACCUGGAAAGCCGCAGCCCAGGUAGUGGAUUGCCAGUUCCAGCUGAAAAUGGAGCCUCUGUUGUUGCAAGUGACAGGAAAAAUGAUGAUCCACCAAAGCGAAAACGAGGGCGACCAAGGAAAAUCAAGGUUGUCCAAGAAGAAGAAGAAGAAUCAGGAGCAAAUUCCACUGAAGAUGGGCAGCUGAGAGAAAACAACUCUAUGCAAAAUGAGCAAAAUUAUAUGAAAAAAGACACUGAAGUAGAAGAAACAGUAGCCAGUGAACAGGCUUCAGUGAGGAAAGAUGGAGAAGGAACUGAAUCUGCUUGUGUCUCAGAGGCUGCUGUUGAUCUGUCAGCUGAGAAAGAUGAAAACUACGAUCCCAAAUCUGAAGGAAUACAGAGCACUCAGAGCCGUUAUAGCAAACGGAGAAUAAUUAGAUCAAUCAAACUAAAAGAUUAUAAGCUUCUUGGGGAUGAGGAUGAGAAAGGACUGGCAAAGAGAACUGAAGGAAAAAGAAAACGUGCAGGUUCUGAUGCUCGCUGUAAAGACUGUGGCAAAGUAUUUAAACAUAAUCACUUGGCUAUUCACCAGCGAAGCCAUACAGGCGAGCGCCCUUUUAAAUGCAGUGAGUGUGGCAAAGGCUUUUCCCAGAAGCAUUCUCUUCAAGUCCAUGAGCGGAUGCACACUGGGGAACGGCCGUACACGUGCACCAUUUGCAGUAAGGCUCUGACAACAAAGCAUUCCCUUCUGGAGCACAUGAGCCUACAUUCAGGGCAGAAGUCUUUUACCUGUGAUCAGUGUGGGAAAUACUUCAGCCAAAAGAGACAGCUCAAGAGCCACUAUCGACUACACACAGGCCGUUCACUGCCGGAAUGUAACCAGUGUGGUCGCAAAUUCAUGGAUGCAGCUCAGCUAAAGAAACAUCUAAGAACACAUACAGGUGAGAAGCCAUUUACAUGUGAGAUUUGUGGCAAAUCAUUUACAGCUAAAACUUCACUUCAGACUCACAUUAGAAUUCACAGAGGAGAAAAGCCAUAUUCUUGUGAUAUAUGUGGAAAAUCCUUCUCUGAUUCCAGUGCUAAGAGAAGACACUGUAUCUUACACACAGGCAAAAAGCCUUUUGCCUGCCCAGAAUGUAGUUUGCAGUUUGCUCGUCUGGACAACCUGAAGUCUCAUUUGAAAAUUCACAGCAAGGAAAAGCAGUUUCAGGAAGCCAGUGCAGCCUUGGGCACCAACGCUCAUCCAGAAGAAGUGAGAAACAUUCUUCAGCUGCAGCAGUACCAACUUGCCACCUCGGGAGGGCAGGAAAUUCAGCUGCUGGUUACAGAUGCAGUACACAACAUCAACUUCAUGCCCAGCCACAAUCAAGGCAUCAGUAUUGUGACUGCAGAAAAUGCCCCCAGCAUUACGACAGAGCAGGCUACGAACCUCGCACUCCUUGCGCAGCCGCCGCAGCCGCUGCAAAACUUGUUGCUUUCAGCUCAGCAGGAGCAAGCAGAACAAAUCCAAAGUAUCAAUGUGAUUGCAAACCAAAUAGAGGCUCCCCAGCCUGAACAAAUGCAUGUCAUCACUCUUUCCAAGGAAGCACUAGAACAUCUCCACGCUCAUCAAGGACAAAAUGAACAAAUCCACUUGGCGGGAUCUUCACAUCCAGCUCAGCAUGUGCAGCUGGCUCAGGAAUCAAGUCAGCAGUCUCACCCCAGCCAUGAUACAGUUCCUUCCCAUCAAGUCAGUGGAGAACAGAAUCAAAGUGUACUUGUUUCCGAAUCCCAUCAGCAGCCUCUGUCAGUAAAUGAGUCAUCUCAUGAGCAUCCUAUCCAGGGACAGACUUUCUGAAAUGCUUGUCAGCAGAGGGCUAGGCCAGAGAAUACUUCUCAUCCAGGCAGGGAUUACAUUUUUUUUUUUUCUUUUUUCUUUGGUUUUUUUUUUUUUUUUUGCAAGAUAAGCUAUCCAAAGAUGCAUUUCUUGGUGAUUUUGUAUGGGUAUCGGUGACUCAGUUUCCUUAACCAUAUUUAUUUUAGACUAUUUUGUUUUUCUGGAUUGAUAUUUCUUUACCACUUACAAGCAAUUAAUGCAAGGUUUUGUGCUUUGUACACAUCUCUGCCUCCUGAGGACAUAUUUAGCCCUUAUUUACAUUUCUGUGUGACUCUCCAGAGAAGUUCACCUUGCUGAUAGGAGAACAAUGUUUAGGGCAUCUGCUGAUCACAAAGUACCACUUGUUUGACAAACUUAACAUUAUACCUGAGCCACUGUCAAGCUUAAGACAAACAGUAGCUUUUGCAAAGCUAACACCAUAUUUCUUAUGUUUAAUGAGCUUUCUCUCUGCAGGUUCAUGUAUAAUUCUCUAUGUAAUCUUUCCCUGAAGUGCAUUAUGAGUUACUGACUACCAAAUUCAUUUGGUUUGGGUUGAAACUGUUGCAGCCUUUAACUGGUCCUGAAUCUUCCCUCCUGUUUACUGUGUGCUGUACACAUUUUGCUCCUUAGAAACAUUUAAGUCAUUGCACUUGAAUAGUGGCAAUGAGAUGUGAUGGUUACACUGGAGAAUUGAAACCCCCAAAUUCUGCUCUGUUAAUUCUACUGCUCACUGUCUAUGUGACUGUGGGUAGUUGACCUUUGUGCCUUAUUUCAUCAUCUAGCAAGUGGGGACAGUGUUCACACACUCUGCCAAGCACUUUGAAGAGCUUUGAUGUUGAAGGCACUGUCUAUUGAAGUGCAAAACUCUUCCUGACAGGAUUCUCUCUAAGCUUGGAAGCCACUGUAUAUUUAAAGUGUUAUUUUUUGUACUUUUGAGAGAAGAACAUAAUAUAUGUUGAGACUAGUAAUUGUUUAUGUGAGGAUUCAAACAAUGAAGAGCAUCACUUCAGAGCAUAACAAGUUACAUAAAUGGGGCACAUCACUUAAAGUUGUACAACUAUUUUUGUUGACUAAAUUAGAUUGUGUACAGAUUGUUUUCAAUGACUGACUGCUAACAAAAAAUAUUUGAUAUCAUAAUAAAAUGCCGUGCUAAAAUACAUGCUUUCUGUUUUCAGGUUUGACUACUGGUAACACCUUUGGAUGGUUGGACUGGUGUGUUAAAAUCCAGUUAAAAUGCCACUGUUACUUAACAUGCUCAAUUGUCACUUCAGAUUUAAAAUGUCAUACUUGUGAUUUACAUUGAUGUUUUAUGUUAUAACAAAUGAAAAAUUCUAAAAAACAUGGUGAAUUUAAAGGCAAAAUUAUCCAUAUUUUUUAUAAAAUCCUUUGUUCCAAGUCCAGACUACUUGGCCUGCUCCUGACUGCAUGCUGCAGAAGUUUGGCUAAGUAUAUCCAUGUUUUUAAAGUACUGGAUCACUUUUAUAUGAAUGGAUCAUGAUAAGGGUUGACAGUGGGAAUAAAUCAAUGCAAAAAAGAAAACCCAAAUCCAAAAAGCAACAAGCUAUCCCACAGCAGAGGUGUUUAGGCUUUUCACUUUUCCUCUCAGAAUGGUGAAAUAAAAUUUGCAUAGUUUCUGCCACCAAAGUGAACCAGAAUAUUCUGCAGUUCUGCCUCAGAAGCUUGAAGUCUUGGUGUUGUAAGAGCAGAUGAAUAAAUACAGUAAAGCCUGUUACAACACUUACGACAAUCUUGCUGAUUAAUUUUAUAAGCUUACAGUAAAUAUUCUGGCAGUUUCAUCCUAGAACUUCUGCUUUUAUCUAAAACAUUGUACAGUGCAGUCAGACUACUGUCUGGUCACAAGCUUACUAGAAUUUACACAGAAUUCAUUGUCUGCCAUAUAUUUAUGAAUUCUGAAGUGCUUUAACACGGGUUACAAGCUAAAUUCUGAGGUUGCCAGUAAAAGGAACUGUUCAAUACUUUUCUUCUUUUUUAAACUUUGUUCUGUUUGUUAUGCAGUUAUCCUUGCAGGAUUCAGUUCCAUGCUUCACGGCACAGUUGGACAUACAGAUUUCUCAGUGCUCUCCCUGUAACUAAAAAACCUGAAGUUUGGUGUUUGGAAUUCUGCUUUGCUUUUCUGCAGAUUACCAGUGAAGAAGCGAGCUGCUGUGAAUAGCAGGGCAAUGACUAAUCUUGCACCCUGCAUUGCUUAAGCUGACAGCACAUAUUGUAGCCUUGCACUCAAGAAGCUGGCGUGGCUUCUCAUAUCACAUAUGUUGCUUUUUGGACACCAUUUGCUUCCUUUCUAGGGAAUGCAUUUCAGUUAAAAAGUGAAAAUGAAUCAUUUUUCUGUGUGUGCUUUUUAAGGCUACAGCUGAAAUCUAGGAUUGCAUUGAAUUUGGAAGGAAACCAUUUCAAGCUUUGUUUUUCAGUCCAGCUGCCACUAAUAAUGAUUUAGGGAAAAAACGCAUCCCUUAGAAACUAUGUUUCAGAACAGCUCUCUAAAUAUCUUUACUCCUUAGCCAGUAAACACCUUAACUUCUCUUUUUCUCACAUAGACUAAUCCUAGCAAAUCCAUCUCACUGCUUUCUGUGUUAAAAUGAGAUUAAAGUUUUAGAUGUAAAUGCAGGGCAGUAAGAGGACUACAGAAAGAUCCGGUUUUGUGGGCAUUUAACACCAUUGUGUGUUCCCUCUGCUCAAUUUGUAAGUUACCCAAUGUAGUUGAACUCUAAUAGG